CUCACACUUGUCUUACUUCUGCUGUUCUACAGUGUGCACGAUCAUUGUGAAUUGUUUGUGGAUUGUUAGAACCUGGUGUGGGUCUCGAUCGAAUUGGCGUCAAUAGUUCACUUAGUGUUCAAUAGUCCAGCUGAGACUGACAAAUGACAACUUAGAAAUGCUUGAGUGCAUCCACAGAGAUGCAUCUGCGGCCCGAAGGAAGGAAGGUUGUUCCCUAAUCAUAAUCUUCAUAGGACGAUUUUCCCUCGUCGCAUUUUUGAAGUCCAUGCCACAUUCUCAAUCGCAUUCCUGAAGGCUGUUCGUGGUAAGGUCGGCAGGAUGAACCUAGGACGAUCUUCAUGCAAGGUGAUAAUGACUACUGCACGCAGGAUACAGCAAGGCAAAGAUAAAUAGCAACAUGUUCGCUCUGGAUUUAUUCUCCUCAGCAUUACACCUCGCAUCUUCACGAUGAUCUUCACCAACGCCAUUCUGGUGCUUAGCACCUUGCUCCCUGCUACUGUCCUCUCCCUCCAAACCAUUGAGGACUCUCUCUUCCCGGCCAGAUGUUGGCCCGACCCCUGCGCCGGGAUUACCUCGAAGAACGACACCUACGUCUGCGGAGACCCACGCCUCGGCCCCGUCGUCCCACCCCGGAAAUUCCCCCUUAGUAACGAGCUACGCACCUACGCGCGGUUCGGCGCCCUCUGUCCCGCCGAAUUCCUCGACAAAUGGGCCACCGACGUCGCUCCAAACGGGACAUAUAUCUACCCACCCGCCAACGGCUUCGUCGUCAACACGGAGAAGCACCCCAUCCUCGGUAACGCGACCCUGCCCGUUGGCAUGAAGCUCGACCGGUUCGGCUCAGAGUAUGGCGGCUUCCUGGCGCCACUGGGAGCACCGUAUAUCGAGCGCUCGCUGCCUCCGAGUAACCUCAACACGUUUGACGGGAAUUACCCGUACAAUUACCACGUGUACCAGGUGACCAAGGAGUUUGUCGUUGGGCUGGGGCCAAUUGCGCCCUGGUUUGAGCAACCUGGUAUGGGGACGCAGUUUGUGACCUAUACCAAUGUGAUGGGGUUGAUUAAUGGGGGGUUCUUGAGACGGUUGAAUGAGAGCGAGUAUGAUGAGAAGGUGGAAUAUUCGAAUCCGUAUACCCCGGGGCCGAAUCAGUAGUGCAUGCGGCUUAUGGUAAUAGAGAUAUCUUAAUGAUAAUGAUAACACAUUCAGAGGGAAUGAUGCCUCAGGUCUGACAGCACUCGCAACAUGCUAAAAUGGUGCCAUAGGACGUUGGGAAUACGGCAGUGUUCAUCAGACUGCCAUGAACGACUACGAUGUCUUUGUGGAGGAACGAGAGAGCCAGAGAGCUGUCAGUCUGGGGGAGCGAUCCUAUCAUGAUCCCAAUAGCAAGAGUCGGCGACAGGCUUUGGGUUGAAGGGAUAAGUUUUCUAGGAUUUCUGGUAUCAUGUGCGAUGGCCAUCAGGGCGGUUGAAGGUGCCCCAGGGCUUUCCAAGAACCACGUGGCUGCAUCGUCGCAUAUAUUUCAUGCGUAUCAUAUGUGUUAAGCAGCUACCCAGUUACUACUGCCUCAUUUCUGUUCUGU